GAGCAGACGUUUAUAGUCCGUUUAUUUGUAGCUUUAAAAUGUUUACUUUUACAGAAAAAGAAGGGCACUAGACCCAUGUAUAACCGUACUUGUUGCAAUACAGAGCGUAAGAACGCGCGUGGUCCGAAAUAGAUUAUUAAUCGAAACAACACAACAAACGCGUCAAAGUCUUCAGACUUAAGCCAGUACUCGUUCGUAGGAAGGGUUACGAUUAAUCUUUAAUCACGAUCCAUCGAGUAUACGUAUACGCUAACUCGAUACACAAAAGAAUCGAUCGAAGUUUUCGAUCUAACGAUUUAUAUUGCAGUGACGUACGUUAAGAGCUCAUAUCCUUCGAACGGUCCGUCGCGUGCUGUGUAUGUGUGUACAUGUGUAAGAGAAAUAGAGAGAGAAAGAGAGAAAAAGAGAGAAAAAGAGAGAAAGGAUAGUAGAAGCAUAAAUCGAUUAGAACAGACGAGAUAAGAUCGACUGACCAAUAUGAUAAAUCGAAAAUAUAACGAGUGAAUAAAGAAAUGAAAAUUUAAGACGAAGAAAACGCUUUUAGAAAUAAUAUCGAGUCCAGCAUCACUGUUCGAAAAUUAUAAUAAGAAGGACCGCGUGGUUCGUGAUGGCCGAUAAAGGAAGAGAGGAUUUGUUGCAACAAGUGAAAGAACAAGGAGAUCUUGUACGAAAAUUAAAAGCUGCUAAAGGAAAUAAAACUCAGGGAUCCUCAAAUAUAUUGCCUGACUUAGAAACCUUAAACAAUGAAUUUGCGGAUAUCAGCUAUGUAUGCGGCUGGAUCCCUUCAUCUAAAGACAAUCAGCUUUUCAAUUUAUGUACAAGUAAUUAUAAUGACAAUUUUGCAAAGUGGCCACACUUAAAUCGAUGGUAUAUUAACAUGAAAAGUUUUACUGAAGCUGAACGUUUAAACUUUCCUGCCAUGGAAGCAUCACUUACUUCCUUGGCAAUAAAACUUGAGAAUAUUGGCGAUAUUUCCUGUUGUAAUAAUAUUCUUGAUAAAAAGAUAGCUGAUGAGGUUUCAAAACUGCUGGAAUUAAAAGCACAAUUAGGAGAGGAAAAUGCUGUUCAACAUAAACUUAUACUUAAAACACCAAAAGGUACAAGGGACUACAAUCCAGAACAUAUGUCAUUACGACUUGGAGUCUUGGAGAAAAUAAUUUCAGUAUUUAAACGUCAUGGUGCUGAAACUAUAGAUACACCUGUUUUUGAAUUAAAGGAUGUUUUAACAGGGAAAUAUGGUGAAGAUUCUAAAUUGAUCUAUGAUUUAAAAGAUCAGGGAGGUGAAAUACUUGCUCUUAGAUAUGAUUUAACAGUACCUUUUGCUAGAUACCUUGCUAUGGGAAAAAUAUCCAGUAUUAAAAGAUAUCAUAUUGCCAAAGUUUAUAGAAGAGAUAAUCCAGCUACAACAAAAGGACGUUACAGAGAAUUUUAUCAGUGUGAUUUUGAUAUUGCUGGUCAAUAUGAUCCUAUGAUACCUGAUGCUGAAUGUAUUCGUGUAGUCUCAGAUGCAUUGGAAUCUCUGGAUCUAGGAAAAUUUAUAAUUAAAUUAAAUCAUAGAUCAUUACUCGAUGCUAUAUUUGCUACAUGUGGUGUUCCACAAGAUAAAUUCAAAACUAUCUGUUCUUCGGUUGAUAAGUUAGACAAAACAUCUUGGGAAGAAGUAAAGAAAGAAAUGGUAGAAGAAAAAGGUCUAAAUGAAGAGACUGCUGAUAAAAUUUGGAGUUAUGUGUCUAAAUCUGGAGGUGUAGACCUAAUAACAGAAUUAAGAAAAGAUGAAAAUUUAAUGAUACAUAAAUCUGCUGUAUUUGGAUUGGAUUCUAUGGAAUUACUAUUAAAAUAUUGUAGCAUUUAUAAAAUUAUAGACAAGUUAGUUUUUGAUCUAAGCCUUGCACGAGGACUUGACUAUUACACAGGAGUAAUUUAUGAAGCAAUUUUAUCUGGUGAUGAUGUUGGUGUCGGUAGCGUAGCCGGAGGUGGUCGUUAUGAUAAUUUAGUCGGAAUGUUUGACAGCAAGAAAAAAACCGUACCAUGCGUAGGUGUAUCGUUAGGUGUCGAACGUAUUUUUAGUGUCUUAGAAGCUAAAAUGGCAAAUGAAGGUGUAAAGAUACGAACAACAGAAGUAGAAGUAUUUGUAGCUAGUGCUCAGAAAAAUUUACACGAAGAAAGAAUGCGCGUUUUGUCGGAUCUUUGGGAUGCUGGUAUUAAGGCUGAACAGGCGUACAAGAAAAAUAUCAAAUUAUUAGCACAAUUGCAGUAUUGUGAAGAAUAUGGUAUUCCUUUAGCGAUAAUACUUGGCGAGGGAGAGAUAGCGAGAGGUGAAGUCACCCUAAGAGAAGUUACUACACGAAAGGAAGUUCCAAUACCAAGAAAUCAACUUAUCGAUGAAAUUCGGAAACGGCUACAAAACUCAACAUAGCGAGCAAAUUAUGAUUAUUUAUUCUUUUUUUUGUUUAUAGUUAGAUCAACAAUAAACAUGUACAUUGCAUUUUAA